GGGUAGGACGAAAGGUGUUGUAAUUGUAGGUGCCAGGUACAGCUCUCAGGGAAACGCGAUAUCUGUACCUUUUCUACACGCAACAAUGCCUUCUGUUGCGUAGAUAUAGUUUGGCAUACUAGUAAUGACAGUGGGUGGGGGAAAGUGCGGGUGGAUGCCUAGGGACCAACCGCGUACGUUGUACGAUUUUCAGCAGGGGAACCUUUGACAGGACCGACCGAAAACAUCGCAAGGAUCUACGGCCACCGUUCUCGUGACAAGACAGACGAGAUGUACACAACGAAUUCACGACUGAUCCACGAGUGUGUCUGUUUGCUGUUGUAAGUCUUACGUGUGACGUGCGUGACUGGCACCUUUCUGUGGAAAACCGAACAGUGUAGAAGGGUUCAACCAUGGCGGAAAACCCCGCAAAGAAGAUGUCUGACUCAAACGGACACCUGCCCACUGUCUCUGAGAAUGUAGGCAGACAGAAUGGCGGGGUAGUAUUGGACUCAGAGCCCGAAAACAAGGACGAAAACUCCGAGCAGAGGCAUUGUUGUUGCAGGUGUUGUUUGCGAUGUUGUCCUUCGGGCACCUGCGAAUGCAGCUGUUUUUGUUUUCAAGCCUGUCUGCAGUCGGUCAGCUACAUCAUGGUGUACGGUUUGGAGGAACUCUUCACAAGGGUCGGUAGGUUUGUAGGCCGGUUCUACUGGCUCGCCAUCCUCCUGCCCCUGCUGGUGACCGGCGGGUUCUGCGCUGGGUUCAUCAAGUUCUACCAGGCGACGGAGUACAACGACCUCUGGGUCCCAGAUGGUUCCACCAUACUGGACAAGGCGGCCUUCGUCGGGAGGAACUUCCCGAGCCUCGCGGGCCGGUACCAGUACAUCCUGGUCAUCGACGAUAAUGUACUGACCGCUGACAGCAUCAGAGCGAUGUAUGCUAUUGACAAGAAGGUCAAAGAAAUAAAUGUUGCAACUGUUCCCUCCUGGGAUAAUAUUUGUUACAAGCUCAAUGGAGUUUGCUUCUCAACCAGUCUGCUGGAGCUGUGGAGCUUUAACGAGACGGUCAUCAGUAACCUGACAGAUCAGGACGUCAUAGACAGGGUCAACACGGUCAACCUCACCAGUCCUGUGUACUUAGCAGACUACUACGUUGACAAGGUGCUGAGUGAAAUAAGCAGGGAUGCGAAUGGAAACAUAACUGGCGCAAAGGCACACACCAUGGUGUAUGCAUUGAGAACGGGAGGAGAAGUUGGGAGUACCUGGGAGACUGAGUUUAUCGAUAUAGGCCUGGCAGGGCACAGUGACCUUGACGAAGUCUUGCCUAGAGCUAUCAGGAGUUUUCAGGACGCUUUUCGGGGCCAAACUUUCUCUGAGCUGCAGCUGUUGUCGGCCGGGUACGCGCUCAUCAUCACAUACGUGGUGCUCAUGGUCGGAAACAUCAACCUCGUGGAGCACAGGAUUUAUGUCGGUCUGCUGGGCGUGGUAGCCGUUGGCAUGGCAACAGGAGCGUCCAUAGGGUUUUGUUCUCUUUGCGGAGUUGCAUAUGGACCCAUUCACAGCAUCAUGCCUUUUCUUCUCAUAGGUGUCGGAGUAGACGACAUGUUCAUCAUUGUCCAAGCGUGGGAAAACCUGACUCCAAAACAACGUAAGAACAAGCGUGAAGCGGCGGCCCAGGCGAUGAAACACGCCGGUGUGUCCAUCACGGUCACCUCCAUAACCGACCUGGUGGCCUUUGGAAUUGGAGCAACAACGCCGAUUCCAGCCUUGAGGUCCUUCUGUAUCUACGUGGCCGUCGCCAUCGUGUUCCUGUUCCUGUUCCAGUGCACGUUCUUCAUGGGGGCGCUCGUGGUCGACCAGUACCGCCGGGAGGCCAGACGGGACGCCUGCUGCUGCUUCAAACACAACAAGGACUACGAACCAUUUGCAUAUUCGCGCAAAAGCCUCGUGCACUGGAUCUUCGAAAAAUGUUACUCUCGGGUCUUACUUACAAUCCCCGUUAAGAUCCUGGUGAUUUUGAUCACAUUUGGUGCGGCAGGGUGGAUGGCGUACGGUACGUACAAUUUGAAGCAGGACUUCAACUUCGUCUGGUACCUACCUGCCGAAUCGUACGUCUUCAGGUACACCACUCUGUAUGAACAGUACUUCCCAGAAGAGGGUGGUGUGGACGUGGGAGUAUAUAUAGAAAAUGGUACCGACUAUUACAACGAGCGAGACAACAUGGAUGCGCUGUACAACAACCUCAGGACCAACGAGUACAUCGACUCCACAACUGUAGUCAGCUGGUACCACGGCUUCCUGGAGUGGAUCAAAGCAGAAAAGUCUGGAGAUCCUGGGAUAACUCCAGACGACUUUCCUGGGAACGAGAGCUACUUCUAUACAUUGCUGGAGGAAUACUUCGCCACUCCCUUUCCGGUUGGUGGGGACACCUAUGCCUCUGACGUCAAGUACGAUAGUACCCAAUCAGAGACUUGGAUCUAUUCUUCUCGGAUAAGGGCCAAAUUCAUUCGACUGUCGAGCACCGAGGUUCAGGUACGAGGCAUGGACAGUGUGGUGAGCCUGGCGAACUCCGCCGGGUUCCCGUCUACCGUCUUCCCUUACGCCUCACAGUUCCGCCGCUACGAGACCAAUAAGAUCAUUCAGCAGGAAGUGUACAGGAAUAUCGGGCUGGCCAUGCUGGCUGUGAUGGUGGUGACACUGCUACUGGUGGCCGACCUACUCAUGAGUCUCUACAUCACACUGUGUGUGGUUCUCACACUGGUUGACCUGGGCGGACUGAUGCAUUUCUGGGGCUUGACCAUAGAGCUGUCCACUAUGGUCAUCCUGGUGUUAGCGGUCGGACUGGCGGUGGACUACUCCGCUCACAUCGGGCACACCUUCAUGCUGGUGCACGGGACCCGAAACGAGCGUGCAAAGGAGACCCUGUUGCGUAUCGGGACGGCGGUCUUCAACGGUGGCUUCAGCACCUUCCUGGCGUUUGUGUUGCUAUCGGGAUCACAGUCUUACAUCUUCCAGACAUUCUUCAAGGUCUUCUUUGGAGUUGUCCUAUUUGGAUUGUGGCACGGGCUGGUGUUCCUGCCUGUUAUCUGCAGCCUGAUUGGCCCAACGCCCUACCAUACGUCAUCAGACAAAACGACGGACCAAUCAGAGAAAAAGGACGACAUCGAAGAAAUCACAAUGGACGAUGAAGAGUCUCCACCUCUUUCGUCGUCGUCGUCUACAACUAAGCUGGCACAGCAGUCACCAGAGGCUACCACGGGACAUUACAACCCUGCCAUGUACGCAGGCCUGCCGGAGCCAGACUAUCCACCGUACGGCAGGCAGGCGAACGGUCACCGCCAGACGCGAGACCACGGGUCGCAGUCCUACCCCUCCCCACGGUACCACCAGAGUGUCCGCCAUAACUUUAACAACCCUCGCCUUCAGAAGAAAGCGAGCUACGCGUUACCGAACGUUGCCUGAAUGUUAGAAGAGACUGUUGCUUAUGUCGUGUCAAUGGGAAAAAUGAAAUUUAUCCUAUUUUCGCGUUGAUCAGUAUUUACAUAUCAGUACAACUUGUAUGACCGUCUAAUAGUUUCAUUAGGUUGGAAAGUCACUGAAUAUGGAGACUUUUUCCUAACGAAUAGGUUUAUAUUCAUACGUGUGUUUUAUCUUAAUGGGGUUACUUCUCGUGUAGUUUGUGCCAUUGGAGCCAUAAAAACACCGCUGCUACAUUUAAUUUCAUUUGAUUGUACCAAAUGUAGUAUCAUUUUAUUGUUAUGAUUUUUUUAAUAUCUUGAAAAAGACAAAUAAAAGUAAUUAGGUACCGCCACUGACGUGGAUGCAACCAUGCAGAUAUUUAAUUUGUUUCAUCCAAGAAAGCCAUUGAUAAAUAUAAGUUGUUGCGGUUUGUAUAUAUUUUACUGUACAGUUUCAUCAUAAAAAUAUUAUUGUGUAUGUACUCUUUAUGCUUUAUCUAUCUAAUAUGAAUCAAAUACAUUUUGAUGAACUUCUUCUCGUCAUACAAUUGUGAUUACUAUAACUAACGACCCAAACUCUUAGGUUCAUUGCUCAAAUUGUGCCCAUGUUUUACGCCCCAAAGUGUCUUUUUUUUAUCAAUGAUAAUAUGUUGCCGUUGUGUAUAUGAAUUAUCCCAACGCUGAGUAUACAUUCUUUCAUUGAAUAUUGAUCUGAAUUACAGUAACGUAGUUUUUUAUUCUACCUUUAUGUAUACAUGUACAUAACAAGUGUGUACUUGGACUAGAUACCAAGUUAUCAUUUUAGAUAUGGUAAUCGCAUAACUGAACCCCAAAAGGAAACACACCAAUUUGUACAGUACGUUCCUCAAGUGCCAACUGGGCAUCAAGAUUUCAUCAAAGGGAUGGAAUACGAUAGAUACCGUUAACAUAUGCCGAAUGUCGGUCAUUUCAAACAUUUCAACCCUCACUGAAGCGGAUGGAAGUAUUGAAAUAUAGGCUUUAGA